AUGCAGAUUCGGGUGAGGGCAGUGCGCGCUUCGUAUAGCUGGAAGUGGGUGAAGGCGGAGGGAAUUUGCGGGAUAUGCCAGCAGCCGUUUGAGCAGAUGUGCUCGGAGUGCGAGCAUCCGAUAGAGUGCAUUCCCUCGUUUGGGGCUUGCAAGCAUUGCUACCACAAGCACUGCAUAAAGAACUGGAUAGCCACGAACAAUUUGUGCCCGAUAUGCAGGGCGGAGUGGCGGGAGAGAGUCAGAUAG